UGUUUAGGUUCUUUUUUCUUUAGCUUCUUUAGAUGCUGAACUGUUGAAGAAUGACUCGCUCUCAAAUCGUUUUGAUUUGUCUGCUAUAUCUCUCGGAUGGUGUUUUUUAUGAUGCCGUGGAGAUCCCACCUCCUAAAAUUACCAGAAAAUAUAAACCAUGUACAGGAGGAAAGUCAAGUCAAAAUUGCCUUGUCGAAUGUUCAUUGUUCGAUGCGGCACCGGCUCUGCUCUCGUGGUAUAACGGAAGCGAUCCUCUCUACAACCUCACAGUUUCUCCUCAUAACACCAGACUAUAUCUCGAGGUGGAUUGUCAGGAUCAAAACAGCUACUUUAACUGUACAGUGUCCAGUUCGGGCGUCAAUCAGACGACACAUCUCGACAAAAACCUGAUCUGUCAACCGUGUCCAGAAACAACAAUGAUGCCCGUGAGUGAGGGGGGGUCUGUCACUUUAUCCACCCACCUUAAGGAACGACAUAAUGAGGACAUAGAGUGGGUGUACGAGGAAAACUAUCUCAUUGCUGAACUCCACGGACAAAACGAUGACUAUCAUUUCUGUGAUGAUGGGAGAUUUAGAGACAGACUGCAGCUGGACCUUAAGACUGGCUCUCUCACCAUCAAAAACAUCAGUCAAAUCCACUCUGGAACAUAUGAACCAAAGAUCACUGAUGACUCAGUAAUGGCCCGGCAAUGCUUGAGUUAUAAUGUUACUGUAUACGAUCCUCUGCCCUUGCCUGUCAUCACCAAAAACUCAACACGAUGUUCUUCAUCAUCAAAAUGUGUGGUGAUGUGCUCAGUGAAUGUGACACGUGUGACUCUCUCCUGGUAUAAUGGAAGCAGAUUAAACUCCAGCAUCAGUGUGUCUGAUCUCAAAAGCAACUUUCUGUGUCUGGAGGUGAAAUAUCAGGACACAAACACAUACAGAUGUGUGGUGAACAAUUCAUUCGUCAACAUAACUACACAACUCAACAUCGGUGAAUUCUGUAAAGAUCAAGGGAAAUAUCUUGGUUAUCUUGGUUUUCUUGGUUUGAUCAUUCUUUGCCCGAUCUGUUACUGCCUAUAUAAGUGUCAAAAAGCAGAUGCCAGCAGAGGUCAACAUCCGGUCACUUAUACUGUUGCACUAGGAAAUGCAGGGACCAGUGGAGGUCACCAGGGGACCAGUGGAGGUCACCAGGAGACCAGUGGCACUGCUGCACAAGAGAAUGAUGCAUCUGGACAGGGCACAUCAGGCAACGAUGCUAUUGAAAAGACAAGCCUGAUAGUUCGUCCAUCAUCAUCACAGGAGUCCGUGUCCUCAAAUACACUUUGCUGUUCAAAGUCACAGUGACCUUCAUGUUAUAUACACCAAACACUAUAAACCAUUUGAAGUCUCAUCACAACUCGUCACUAGUCCCCAUAUCUGUCGUGACUCGAGUCUCGACACAGAUGACUACAUGUGAGAACCCACAAGAUUCAGCGUGCCGCCACGUUUGACCUGACUUUGAUGAUCUUUACUGGAUUACUUUUAUGAUGCCAACGCUGGGAAGUACCAUAUUAUUUUGUUUAACUAGAGAAUUCUAAUUUGUCUGUGACUGAUUUCUCUAAUUCUACCAAUGCUGCAAUUUAUUUGAAUAUUUACAGUAAAAAUAAUUGCAAUUUGACUAAAAUUACUGUUUUGGUUUAAUUGAAUGCUGUUGUCAUGAUUCUGUCCUUAUUGUCAUGAGUUUUCUAAUCCUGUGGACAGAGUCGCCACAAGUACCAUGUAUCUUGUGCUUGUUGUGUAUGUGUGGAGACACGUGGCCUUUGUUUUGACUUUGCGCCAUGUGUCCUCUUGUCGCGUUGCCUUGGCCCCGCCCCCUUGUUUCACUGUCAUUUUGUCAUUAGUGUUUCAUGCCCCUCACCUGCCCUGUGUAAUCUCCCUGUUAGUGUUUCAUUUCCCUCACCUGCCCAGUGUUAUUUCCCCUCAUUAGUCUCCCCAUUUAAGGUCCUCGUGCGCUCUGUCACAUGCGAAUGAGAUUGUUAAUCUAUUGUUCUCGGCCCUUGGCCUUGACCUUGGCCUUGACCUUGCAUUGUCGUUGUUUGGAUUAUUCCCUGUGCUUUAUUUUGUUUUGCUCCUUGUGGCACGUUUUAUGUUUAUUCCAUGUUUUGAGUUCCUGUUUUCCCCAUCGCGGGAUUAUUUAAUAAAAGUGUUUGGCAAAAUUUUGCUGUCUGCGCUUUGGUUCUGUCUUCGAUUCAUGACAGCUGUUUUCUUCUGACUUUUCAUUGAAGAAUCGCCUUGCAGUGAUUAAGCGAUGAUGAUUAUCGUGAUAUUGAGGUCAAGUUUCUCACUGACCUACAUUCAUUAUUGACAAUUCCAUUCACUAUAUUUAAUGUUUCUCUACGUGUAACUAAAUUCCUCUAAAAUGUAAAACUUUCUAUGGUUCCAAAUACACCAGUGAGAAUUACAUUGGUUACAUUUGUUUUUAAUUCUUGUUAUAUAUUUGAAAAGGCUUUUUUGUUUAUCUUGUACAUUCAUCAUUGAAUGUGAAACUGACUCCAGACUUUUGGAAUUGGCACGAUUUAGGUUUGGCUAAAACAGCUAUGAAUACUGACCUUGCUGGUCUUCUGACAAACAGUUUUGUUGGAAACAGAAGUGUCACUUUUCUCCAUCAAUGAAUUUGUUUAUUGUGCUUUUAUACAGUAUUUAUAGCAAUAUAUUUGACUUUAUUGUGCCGAAUUUUUAUAUCGAACAGCUAUGUAAUCUUUGUCUAGCUCUGGAACCGCCAGCCUAUUAAACGGAGUUAUGGUUGCUGGUUCUGUUAUUCUUUUUCUCCUGCUGAGCGCUGGUUAAUAUCAAUAAACUGUCUGUCUGUGCCUGCACUUCAAUACCUGUGUUUUUCCUGAC